CGGGGUUCGUUGCUGCAUCCGCGGACUGUUGAAGAAAGCCGGGCAAGUCGAAAGCAGAAAGAGCGGCGGUUGACUUAUAACCUUCUUACCCCUCAACGCCUCCAGCCGUCCGCCAUGCCAACCGUCGUGGACAAGGUCGGCCGGUCCCUAGCCACGGCUCUUGGCAUCGAGCUCCAAGGCACGGACACGGACGUCGAGGACAAGAUUCCCGGCGGCGGCUUCGCUCCACCCACCGACAGGUACAUCGAGGAGCGCGUCACCACCUCUGAAUGGAUCCGUGAACAACUCCCGUCCCGGCGAGGCGUCGUCGGGUACACCAAGUCCCUGUUCCCCUGCGUGGGAUGGCUGCAGCACUAUAACCUGCAGUGGCUCACUGGCGACCUCAUCGCCGGCCUGACCGUGGGCGCCAUCAUCGUGCCCCAGGGCAUGGCAUACGCGUCAUUGGCCAAGCUGGAGCCGCAGUUCGGCCUCUACUCGUCCUUCCUAGGCCUCGUGAUGUACUGGAUCUUCGGCACGUCAAAGGACAUCUCCAUUGGGCCCGUCGCUGUCUUGGCCACUGUCGUGGGCUCUGUCGUCGAGGCCGUCCAGGCGAACCCGGCCACGAAGGGCGCGGCGGCGCACAUCAUCGCGUCGACCUUCAGCUUGAUUGCCGGCUUCAUCAUUCUAGGCUUGGGUCUCCUCCGCUGUGGUUGGAUCGUCGACCUCAUCUCCAUCACAUGCUUGGCGGCCUUCACCACGGGCUCCGCCAUCACCAUCGUGGGCAGCCAACUGCCUGCCCUGCUCGGCAUCCGGGGGGUGCGUACCAGAGACCCCGCGUACAAGGUCUACAUCAACACCUUCAAGCGCCUUCCAAACUGUCAGCUUGAUGCGGCACUGGGCUUGACGGCCUUGUUUGCGCUCUACGCCAUCCGACACUGCUUGAACAAGGCGGCGCAACGGUACCCCAAGCACAGGCGUAUCAUCUUCAUCGUCAACACUAUGCGAAAUGUCUUCAUCAUCCUGCUUUACACAAUGGUCAGCUGGCUGGUCAACAUGAACAGGCGAGAAAAUCCCGCGUUUCGAAUCCUCGGGAUGGUGCCCAGCGGCUUCCGCGACGUGGGUGUGCCCAAGCUGGACUCUACCAUCAUCUCGAAUCUCGUCCCUCACCUCCCAGCAGGCGUCAUUGUGAUGUUGGUCGAGCACAUAGCCGUCGCCAAAGCCUUUGGGAGGAUCAGCGACUACAGCAUCAACCCUUCGCAGGAGAUGGUAGCCAUCGGCAUGACAAACAUCAUGGGUCCUUUCCUCGGGGCUUUUGCCUCGACGGGCUCGUUCAGCCGGACGACAGUAAACUCGAAAGCAGGCGUCCGGACGCCUCUGGGGAGCUUGUUCUCCGGUCUUAUCGUUCUAAUGGCGACAUACUUCCUGACCAGCGUCUUCUUCUACAUCCCCUACUCCGUUCUCUCGGCUGUUAUCAUACAUGCGCUUGGUGACCUCAUCAGCUCGCCCAACACGCUGUACCAGUUCUGGAGAGUGUCGCCCUUGGAAGUGAUUAUCUUCUUCCUCGGCGUCUUUGUCAGUAUCUUCAAAGGCAUUGAGGAGGGCGUUUACGCUACUGUCGGCAUAUCAGCCGUCAUUCUCAUGUACAGAAUCCUCAAGGCCCGUGGAUCGUUCCUGGGCAAAGUACGAGUUCAUUCGGUGUUGGGAAACCACAUCGUUGGGGAGCGUCCCUCCCGGCCGAUUGGGGAGUACAAGUCCUUUGAAGAUUCGGUGAGCGCCGCGCGGAGCGUUUUCCUUCCUUUCGAUCACGGCGACGGAUCCAAUCCGAGGGCCGCGCUUGACAGCCCGUACCCCGGCGUCUUCAUCUACCGGUUCUCCGAUGGGUUCAACUACCCCAACGCGAACUACGCCCUGGAUCACUUCGCCGAAUACGUCUUCGCAAACACCCGUCGGACGAGCCCAGAGCAGUUUGAACGGCGAGGCGACCGGCCAUGGAACAGGCCUGCACCGCAAAAGGCACACCAAGGAGACCAGCUUCCAACGCUGAAGGCCGUGAUUCUGGACUUUAGCUGCGUCAACAACAUCGACGUCACCUCGGUACAAUGCCUGAUUGACGUGAGGAACCAGCUGAACCAAUACACCGCGCCGGACGUUGUUGACUGGCACGUCGCGUGCAUCAACAACCGGUGGGCGAAGCGAGCCCUGGUGACCGGCGGCUUCGGAGUUCCCACCAAGAGCGGCGACGGCAUGAGCCACAGGUGGAGGUCCAUCUUCAGUGUCGCUGAGAUGGAAGGCAGGAGAUCCGCCGGCGACUAUCAUAAGCUCAGCGAAGCCUCCUCACAGUCGUCAGAUGACGAAGAGUCAAUGACUGGUUCGGACGGCACCGCAGUCUUCAAAGACAAGUCGUCAUCCACGCAUGUCGAAGAGAAAUUCAUCGAGAGACCGAGGAAGGGCGUCGUGAUCCACAGCCUCGACAAGCCCAUGUUCCAUGUCGACUUGACGAGCGCGCUGCAUAAUGCUAUUGCCAACGUCGAGGCCAGGAAUGAGUCGCGGCCUCCUUCCGAAUCGGACUCAUAAAGACGACCACAGUCUGAAUUAUUUAGCGAAGAGCCGAGGGAAGGUAUUUGAUUUUAAUUGCAGUUUGUUAUCAUUUCUUCCACAUACGAGAUCCACGACGAUAAAGUAUUCGUAAUUUUAAUGCAGUACGACAUAGCGGAUUAGGCGCAACCGGUGGUUUAUGCUUGGGGACCAAUGUACAAACGCAAAGUCAUUCAUACGAAG